GUCAUUGCAACCUCCUGGCAUGGUUACUAUUAUUAUUAUUAUUAUUAUAGGAAAAAGAAGAAGACGAAAAAAUCAGUCAAUCAUUGGCUGCGAUUCCAUUUGACUGACAUAGACGACCACGUGCUCCAAGAUGCUUCGUCGCGUCCGCCAGUUCCAUGAGAAUAGGGUUUGGAAAUCACACGGCUGUGCAAGCCCGCAUCAGCAGUACUGCUUGGGACUGAAAUACAAGCAUGGACAGGGGCUUCUACCGCACGACCUGCAGAAAGCCGCUCUUUGGUUCCGCAAAGCGGCAGGAGGAGGCCACCCUGAGGCGCAAUUGGAGAUAGGUUUGUGUUUCAAGAACGGCGAUGGCGUUGACGUCAGUGAUGACUGGGCCGCUUUCUGGUUUUCGAAAGCGGUUGAGCAGAAGGUCGCAAAAGCGCAUGGCCUGCUGGGAAUGUGCUACCUUGAGGGAAAGGGGGUACUCAAGGAUGAGAGGGAGGCAGUGCACUUUUUCCGACUAGGGGCGGACUACGGAGACGCCGAAAGUCUUACGAUGUUGCGAUCUUGCAUAAGGUUGGGAAUGGGGAUGCCGAAGCCUGAAGAGCCAUCUGCUUUCGAAUGGUGCAAGCGCGCGGCGGAAGAAGGGUUCUCUCAGUACAUGUUUGAGCUGGGAGAGCGGUAUUUCUAUGGUAAAGGUGUCUGCUUGGAUUACGAGCAAGCGGCGAUGUGGUAUGAGGCGGCAGCGAAGAAGGGACAUGCUCUGGCAAGGUACCCCUUAGCUGUGUGCUUCCUUACAGGGGCAGGACUUCCGCAGAGCGACAACGACGCAGUCAAGUGGCUCAAGAAGGCCUCCGGGAUUCGAACCUUUGAUUCAGAACACUUGCAGUCUGAGCCCAGUGAAACGGAGACUAUUGCUCAGUCCGAUUACAUAGACCUGCUGCCGGCAAGGGUGGGCUUGGGACUCUGCUAUUUGGAGGGAAUAGGAAUGGUUCGUAAGGAGAAGCUGGGACGCUCCUUGAUAGAGAGGGCUGCCUUUGAGGGAUGUGAAGAUGCCAUAGUUGAAUGCCUGAAGUUCUUCUCUGGCAAGGAGUGGGAAGGGUGGGCGUCAGCAGCCAGGCGUACCAGAUCUUGGAAAGCCUAUUUCCAGCUGAGUCUGUGCUAUCAGCAGGGAUACGUCGUUGCACGCGAUGACAAGGAAGCAUAUCACUGCUUGCAGAUGGCGGUGGAGAAAGCAGAGGUGUUGGAGGCAGCGGGAAAGCUUGUGCACAUAGACUGGAAGGGCCGAGCGUUGCUGCGCAGCUGGGAUGCAAUUGUGAGGUCGAAUCAGGUGCACGCCACAAACGGCGACAUUCUGAUGCAGGAAUGGUUGGGAUUUUGCCUCGGCACGGGUGUUUUACGGGAAAUGCUUCCGAGAAAUGACGUCGAGGCUGCCAAGUGGUUCUUUAAGGCGGCGGAGAGUGGAAGUCGCAAUGCUCAGUAUCGACUGGGCAUCUGUCUGAAGAAAGGGCUGGGCAUCGACAAGAACCUGGACGCUGCAAAGAUGUGGUUGUCGCUGUCAGCCGGAGCCGCUGAUCCGCAAGCUUGCCAGGAGAUGCAGUUCCUCUGUAAAAAAGACGUCAACCGAGAACCACGGUUAAUCGCCGAGAGCAGUUUUGUGGAAGUUGAGUAUCACCAUACCUUCAUUGAUGCGCCAUCUUCUCCCUCUUCAGAUUCUUGUACCACCGAGGAAGCAUCCGAGCACGGUGGACUGGCCAUUGAACUUGGUCUACAAACAAAUCGUGGGAGCUCUCCGAAUGCAGAAUUGCUGGAAGGCUUGGAACAGAGGCGACAGCACGAGGGGGACGAGAACAACCAAGUAGACGCAGGAGUGGAGAUCAUUAGUCCUGACUCGGAAACGAAUGGCGGCGUGCAGAGUUGCCCGGAGGCCAAGUUCCCGGUGGCGGGCAACAUAGUCUCCACUCAGAAAGGUGGUGGUGCAGGACGCACAGCUCCGUACGAUGUUGGUUCUCGUCACUCUAAUUUUGAUGCUGAGCUCUUUCCUCAUUUACCUCAGAAGGGCACAUUAGGCACGGCCGAUGUAUGUGCGACCCUUGAUCGGCUAAGAGAUUACAAGUCGGUCACAGAGCGGCUGCUGCAGACAUCACCUGCCCAUCUUGCUGCGCUUCUUGACGUUGAUAGAGAUCCGUCGCUGACGUGGGAAGAGAAGGAAGUGCUUUUGCAAGUCCGCAGGAAGGAUUUCGAAAAGGAGGGGUUCGAGCGCGCUAAAGAGAGGUGCCUGCUCAGUGACGGUUGUUCUGUUAGCGAGUAUUAUUCCCUCUUUCACCAGAUAAUGUGUGAGGUAUUUCUCAGCGCUAAGGCAAGCCUGGGAGGAUAUGUGAAGAUUCGACAAGGGUACGAAUUUGCCGUCAGCUGCCUGGCAUCCGUUCCUCACCAUCUGCACACCUCUGUUCCCUUGUUUGGCCAUCUGUUUUGUUCACUACUUGGCACGUCGGCGAAUGAGCUAAGACAACUGCAGGCAGUGGACAUAGCUGCAAAAGUCUCGGCGCUGGCCCUUACGCUGACCGAAUAUGAAGUCAUCUGUGAAGGGGUGUCCCUCGUUCUCGCCUUCCAUAGGAUGCUUUGCGAUUCUGACCUCAAGAGCUGCCGUCCCCCCGAGAUGGUGCGAAGAAGCAGCACAACACUUGAACCCAAAAGCAUCGACGAAAAUGUGAGGCAGUGUGUCGUAAUGGACGUGAAGAGAAUCUUGAGGGCCAUAGAGUCUGGCAGGCUUGUCAGAGAUCCAAGUGGACCCUAUCGCAUUAGGAGAGUGAUUAGCAGAAUGGUGGUCAUUGUUCUGGAAGGAGAUAAAGGCAGUUUUGGUCGACCUUGCGGUUCUAUGGCCGGGAUGACUUCAAUUCCAUUGGAAACGAUAUCCGAGAAAAGCAAGCCGGGCGUUGGAGCACUGUCUUGGCCCUCUGACUCUGAAUCUGACCCUGAGUCUUUGCCGCCCAUAACAACACCAUCGCCACGAGCAGGAGGAGCCCAACAAGAUCAUGAACAGAUGAAAGAACCGGCUCAUGCCACCAGUGUGCCCGAUCCAGGGGCGACCAAUGUGCUGCUGCACAAGGAACCCCAGCGAGUCGCUGACAAUGCAAAGGUCUUCGUUUCUGUAAGCCAUGACGCGGAAAACAAAUCCGCAGGAAGAGCCAGAUGUGGUCAUGAACAGCUGAAAGAACCGGUUCAGACCACCGGCGUGCCUGAUCCAGAGGCGACGACCAAUGUGCUGCUGCACCACGAAUACCAGCAAAGAGCUGACGGUGCAAUGGUCUUCCUUUCUGUAGGCCAUGAUGCAGAAAGCAAAUCAGAGGGAAGGCUGAGGGGUUUUCCUUCAUCGUCAACAACGUGGCAUGACAGCUACAACGGAGCAAGCAACGAGGUAAGUCGCUCCCACAUGAGGGAAGACUUGAGAGGUCGAAAGGAGCCCGGGUUUUAUCGCACGACUUAUCGACGCCCGUGGAAUCCCUCCAUUCCUCGGAGGCACUCUAUCAGCACAUCAAUAGAGGUACAAGCUAGCGUUGAUGGUGAACCAAUAGGAGAUAUGCUGUCAGGACAUGGUCGUGUGAACCGCCAGCGCAACCCCCAUCACCGACGCACACAGUCUGCAAUAGCUUGCCCAAGGGUGGAUCAGGCAGACGAGUGCGCAGCAUAUUCUCUCCUAAACAAUGACAACCUCUCACAUCUGUUGUCGCUGCGCCACUACCCCCCGCAUUGCAGCGAACCGCAACUGGCUAAGAAUCGUCGUCACCAUAGUAGCCGUCUUUCAGAAACGCUGCCAGCCCGCAGGUCAAGCGGAGGGUCACACGAAUUCUUCAGUGAUUGUGAGGGUGCCGACUCCAUGCCGACCCUGAGUCGUGGUCGCCGCUCGUCGGAGCACAGGAGCACCAUCAUGUCUACCGAUGCCACCGACACUCAGUUGGUUGCUCUGCUUGCCAAGGUACAAGAGAUGGAACGUACCAUGCAGUCAAAGACAGAUGAAAUAGAGAAACUAAAGAGCACUGUGAACGGACUGAAUGACCAGCUGCAAUCGCUGCAGAGCUGCAGAAAGCAGGGAGAGAAUAAACCUCAGCAGCAGAAGCAAAUUGAGAGCAGCGGUCCCUUGUUGCAUCUUUACGUGGAGGGCCUUGACGGAGAGAAGGAGAGCGACAGACAGCAGCAUAACCGCUCUCGACCGCCUAUUGCUGUAAUACUGGACCCUCGGAUGUCAACGGUGGAGAAGGUGGUGGCAUGUCUUUCCGACGGGCGAAUGGACGAGGAAAGAGGUGGAAUCAGCUGCGGGGUGGGGGCAAGUGGAGACGGUCCCCCAUCUGUUCGAGUGCGGUGUCCGAUUGUCAGAGCAUUCUGUGGGGAAUGGUGGGCACAUGACGUGGCACAUGGCUCACCGCUGAAUGUCACAGAGACGAACGACGCUGCUAUUCUCCUGGGGGCCCUGAUGAAGGUGGAUAGGUGCUGAAACAAUACGGGCAGCGGCACUAUGGGCCCUAUGGACCCUGCAGAACGAACGAUGCAGACAGCGCACAUAUG